AUGCGAGUUCAUGUGGAUGGACUGCUCCCUUUGAUAAAAAACUCAGUUGUGGAAUUCCCCAAUGGGGAUGAGGUCGCAACCACCUUAGUCUAUGAGAGACUUGAUAAACAUUGCACCAAAUGCCUCAAGCUGGAUCAUGAACUCAAGGACUGCCUAGUCGCCAGAGCUGAAAGAAAGGCUCUAGAAGCUAACCAGCAGCAAGCCCAAGCAAGCGACUUGAAUAACCAUGAUGCUGGCCAUGGCCGUGUGGCGUCCUCCGUUGCAAACAAGCAUGAACAAAGGGUACAAGCGAGAGAACCAAGAAAUGAGGUCUUUCAUUUUUCUGCUUCGAACCCGAGAAAUGACUUCAAACACAAGGAAAGGGUGUCUAGUGAAAGGAUGUCUGAUAGAAAUAACAAAUCUCAACCGCAACGCUGGCAGGAGAGAAACUAUCAACGUCGAUCUUCGCAAGCUUCUGAAAGAUCAAGACACGAGUAUGAGAGGUCAGCGUACUCAAGAAGAGACUGGGACAGGAACCGCACCAAGCAAGCUCCUCCUGGUAAAAAUUUCUACAGAGAAGUCUCAAGAAGAAGUCCUGAUGUUAGGGAUGAUGGCUCUUCUGUCGCAAAAAGUAACCAUGAAGCUCCUGUUAAGGGGAAUCCCCAGGAUCCUGAGCGACACAGCUUUCCUCUGGAAGCUGUCAAUGAAGUUCUUGGAGAAGUAAGAAAUACAAUACUCCAAUACACUAUGAGUGCUGAUCCGGCGGAAAGAGAAGCCCGACAGGAAAGAGUGAGAAGAGCUGAAGAGUUGGGAGAGGUGCAAGAAAAUGCUGAGCGCAUUGUGCGAAAUUCACUCAAUUCAAAUCUGGAUCAACCGACUGGCCAAGUAUCGCCCACUCCGGAAAGAUUACCUGCCUCACAGAGGCUAGGGCCUAGUCCUCACAACAACCCUAGGAUCUCCGAAAGAUCACAAGCAAACCGAACUGAUAACCCUCAAGAAGGGAGCAAUGAGAGAAUCCCGGCUGCUCAAAGGUUGGGACCGAGUCAAGCUAUAGAAGAUGGAAGAGCUGAAGCUGCUCUGGCUAGUGGUGCUAAAAGUAAACCGGGGCGUCCCCCUGGGAGUAAAGCAAGUAGAAAGCCAAAACCACCAGCAAACUCUGCUCCGAAGAACCGCAGAGUCACUAAGGCCAAGGGAACUCCUCCAAGGAGAAAGACCCCAUUAUCGCCCGCGCCAAAUGCUAAGACAAAAUCGAAAGGAGGAACUUCCAGAGGCGGAGCAGAGGCGAUUUCCACCACGAGCUCGGAUAAUCGGCCCAUCUGCAACAUGAUCCCGGCUAUCUCAAGGAGGAGGAUGGAUUUUCGGACUCCAUCCCUCCCCGCUCCUUAG